AUGUCACAAUUUUUUAGUGCACCGAUCUUGAUGAUCAUCUGUCUUUUUGUUUUUCAACAAUCUAACAUUGAAUGUCGUCCUCUUACUCAAAAAAUCGUUAUUCAUGGUCAUGAAUGGACUGUACCCAAUGAGCCUGGUUGGGAACACGUUUUACAAGAAGUAGAACCAAUUCGUCAUCGACUAUUGACUAAUUGUGCUACAAGUCGGGAAUGUCGAUUAGCUGCUGAACAAUUACGUAGUGUCUUUUUAAAAUAUCCUGUUUCGUCGAAAUACUAUGGCGAUUCUUUACGAAAUGAUAAAUAUGCAUAUGAUCCCAGUUCAAUUUUUAAAUGGGGAUAA